UUCACACAACCUCUUAUUUGUUUGUAUAAAGUUUUUGUAUAAAGUUCCUCUCAUUCAUCUUCAACAUGAGUUAAUCUCACGUCACUUUUAGAUUAUAUAUAUUCCACUAAGUUUAAAAGUUUUUAACAGUCUGCAGUGGUUUCUGUGAUUUUUAAUUUCUAUCCUGGAACGUUGAAUUCUCUGACAUUUCUAUUAUUACGCGCAAAUUUCGCACACGUGCUCGACAUUUUGUUGGGUAAUCUCACUUGCAAUUCAAAGUGUGUCUUUAUUUCAUCUGUAUUUAAUUUAUAAGUGAAAUGUCAAACUAACUUGUGCAUAUCUCGAUUUAUUUUAAUAUAUGAUGUACAAUUUAUCCUCCUUAUGUUUAAUAUUUUUAUAUUUUUCCCCCCGUGUUUUUUCUUUUUCUCUUUUCACAUUGCUUAAAUAUAAAUUUGUUCAAUUCAUUAAGUGCAGAGAGUGUAAUAUGGUACAGAUUAAAAGAACAGAUGUCAUAUCGAUGUAUUAUUCGAUUGUCGAUAACAAAAUGUCGAUUAUCGCACUUGUCUCACGAUUCGAUACUGAGAGAGAGAGAGAAAGAGCUUAUCGCACGCUGUAAUGUGUCUCGUACAGGUUAUGUUUACAUUAACCUUCACCUCCUAUACAUGCAGUUUUAGUUUUACUUUAAGUACUGUUGCAAUGUAAAAUCCUACGAAAUUAAUAUUUCCUACAUUCAAAAGAUUAGUCAAAUAUUCAUGUUAGAAUACGCAAAUCAUACUAUAGGCAGAUUAUUAAAAUAAUGUGUCAUUCUGCGAUAUCGCAAAAGUUGUCAUUUAAAAGUGAGGUUAUAGUGCAAUAUAUGAAUUAAGCUAAUAGAAAAAUGUCAUCGAGGAGCAAAACAAGAGGACGUUCGCCCAGUGACGAGCGCGCAAAUGAAAACGACAGAUCUCACGGAAGAAAACAUCGCGACGAUCGUAAAACCGAAGAGCGUAGCGGCUCCUCGAAAUCUGCGCGAAACUCCUCGGAGUAUUGUCGCGAAGAGAGCGACGAAGAUUUCUGUUUCAGCAAGUAUAAACACGAAUUGAGCAAGAUAUUUACGGCGAAUCCGAAUCUCGUUCACGAUGUCACGGACUUUUGGAAAUUCCUUGAGAAAUACGAGUCUGUGAAGAGGCAAUUUGGCGACAAUAACGAACCCGUUGUUGACUCCGCCCUAAAUUCUAUCGGGGUACCGGAGAAGUAUCACAAGUCUCAUUGUUUAAAUUUCAAGCUCAAUUUGUCCCACGGAGAAUUAUUUGCCCGAGUUAUUGAGACGAAGCAGUUAACGAAACCACGGCUGCUGAAAUUCAGGGACGUUAUAAUCUUAUAUUUGGAUUUCAAGCAGAAGGAGAAAUUUAACAAGUUGAAAAAGCUCAGAGAUACGCAAGCUAACUUACCAGUUGCGCAGUAUAAAGAUGAAAUUAUUGAGACGGUGAGAAGGGAAAAAGUAGUCAUCAUAGCAGGAGAUACUGGAUGUGGAAAAUCUACUCAAAUCCCUCAAUAUUUACAUGAAGCUGGUUUCCAGAAAAUAGCAUGUACACAGCCCCGAAGAAUAGCAUGUAUAUCAUUGGCAAAGAGAGUUGCCUUCGAAACAUUGAGUGAAAAUCUUAGUACUGUUGGUUAUCAGAUACGUUUUGAGAAGCAAAGAAAUCAGCAAACAAUUAUUACAUUCAUAACGGAAGGUUUAUUGUUACGACAGGUUUCAGGUGAAUCAGCAGUAUCGGCAUACGAUGUAAUAGUCUUAGAUGAAGUGCAUGAACGUCAUCUGCACGGAGAUUUCUUAUUGGGCAUUAUGAAAUGUAUUAUUCAUCAGAAUCCCAACUUGAAAUUGGUGCUAAUGUCUGCUACUAUUAAUAUAGAACUCUUUAAUGAUUAUUUCGCGAAAGAAGAUGUUAAGACAAUAGAGGUCCCUGGAAGAUUAUAUCCCAUUCAAUUGAUGUAUCGCCCUGUAACUAUAGAGGACAUCAAAUAUAAAAAUGAUAGAUUUAACCCGAGUCCGUAUGUGCAAAUAUUACAGAUAAUUGAUCAAAAGUAUCCAGUGGACGAGAAAGGCGACCUAUUAAUAUUUUUGAGUGGAAUGAAUGAAAUAACCACAGUCGUAGAUGCUGCUAAAGAAUACAGUAAGAAGAAGAACAAUUGGAUUGUUUUACCUCUUCAUAGCACACUUUCUAUCGCCGAACAGGACAAAGUAUUUGAUUACGCACCUGAGGGUGUCAGGAAGUGUAUCGUCGCGACUAACAUUGCGGAGACUUCUAUCACCAUCGAUGGGAUCAGAUUUGUUGCUGAUAGCGGGAAAGUGAAGGAAAUGAGUUAUGACCCGACAUGCAAGAUGCAGAGACUUAAGGAAUUCUGGAUAAGCAAGGCCAGUGCGGAACAGAGGAAAGGAAGAGCCGGCAGAACUGGACCCGGAGUUUGUUACAGAAUUUAUUCGGAGGAGGAGUACAAAGUAUUGGAAAAGUAUUCAACGCCGGAAUUACAACGCGUGCCUUUAGAUUCUUCGUUGUUGCAAAUGAUAGCGAUGGGCCUGCCAGACGCACGCAAAUUCCCAUUUAUAGAACCACCACCGGCCAAUAGUAUAGAAAACGCCAUACUAUCUUUAAAAGAUCACGGUGCACUCACGGAUAACGAAAAAAUCACGUGUAUCGGUAAAACUUUAGCACGGCUACCCGUUGACAUUACAAUAGGGAAAAUGUUAAUAAUGGGAUCGAUUUUCCACCAAGUGGAGCCGGUACUGUCAUUGGCUGCUGCUCUAAGUAUACAGACGCCGUUUACAAAUAGAGCGUAUAGGGACACUGAGUGCGAGACAUCUAGAAAGAAGUUGGAAUCUGACCAUGGUGAUCCGAUCACGUUACUGAACGCAUUCAAAGAAUGGUUGGAGGUGAAGCAAGAAAAUUCCCAAGAGUAUAGAGGCAGCGGCAGCAAUAGCAGAAAGUGGUGUAGAAGAAGAGGCUUAGAGGAACAACGUUUCUAUGAGAUGACGAAGUUAAGAGCUCAGUUCAAAGAAUUGCUUCAGGAUUGCAACUUACUCAAAAGUCUAUCGGAGCCAAAUUCCUCCAUGUCAAGCGCGGAGCGUGCGAUGAGACACGGAGAGUUGAAACUUCUGAAAUCGCUUAAGAGAAACUAUAAGCAAAGCGAACCCAGAAGACGCAAGCAAUUAAAAGUCGAUACAUUCGACAUACAGCUGGAAGAUAAUGACGAGGACAACGGAGAGCUCGAUAUAAAGGAUAUAGAAUUCCGAAUGAGAAAUGACUCGAAUCAGGUGCAAAAUCUUCUAACGGCCACAACUGCGUGCAGUUACAAAGAUCUGACGAUGCUGAAGUUGAUAUUGUGCAGCGGCUUAUAUCCGCAGUUCGCUUGUGCCGACGAAUUUAAUUAUUGCAAGUCUAUGAGUGAACAAUUGUUUCAUACGAAAGCGAAACCGUACGUCGCUUUGCAUCCAAUGAGCUUCUUUGGCAAUCAUCCGCAAGUGCUGCAAGUCGAAGAACCAGAUGUGGUGUCAAUAUUCGGUUUUACGAGCAAAACUCCUAUUAGCCCUAAACAUCAAAUAUUGGUAUAUCUUUCUCUCUUGGAAACUACAAAACCGUAUCUGGUAAAUACUUUGAGAAUGCCUGCCGCGCAAACUUUACUGCUAUUCGCACGCGAAAUAGACACGAACAGUACAUUUUCUAUAAUAGCAUGUGACUCAUGGCUGAUGUUGGAAUUUCCUGUUCCUGAUAGCGGUCAAACUUUGCUAAUGAAGGCUACCAAGUUAAGGAGCAAAUGGGAUUUCUUGUUAAAUCAGCAGCUGCAAGUAUCUGACGAAACGAACAAUGACGCAAAACAAGAUUUUAGCAAAAUCGAGCAAAAUCUCACUCGAGAAUUAAUUGAUUAUAUGCAUACUACGAUACCAUAUACCAUAAAAAGACUAUUACCAGCUGACUUAAAAAUGGUGUAUGUUGGCGGUGGGAAUAAUAACGUAAGCGUAGAGCCUAAUCCUUUUCAAUCUGAUUUUAAAAGUACACCAAACAUAGCUAAAGGCGGAAUUUAUGUAACAGAAAGUAUCACAUACAAUUGCAUAAAGGAAACCGGUUGGAGCGAGAAACUAAUUGUAGAAAUGCAAGAGACCGAGUGGCAUUGCCAAAAUUGUGAUCUCCGAGCGAUCCUAUCCAGUUUAGAAAAAAUUCAACAUCAGAGCACCUGUGUAGUCACAAAUGAGAUCGGUGAAGAUAGCAAGGAGAGUAAGAAUGUCACGCAUAAACCAAACAGUCAGGCGUACGAAUGUUCUCAUUGUUCGCGAACAUUAUAUCUCACACCUGUCGAAAUAUUGAAGCAUAAAAAACAACAUAUGAAAGGAAGUUAAUGUAAUUAAGCUAAGGUAAUUUUUUAAAUACAUAAAUAUGAAAACAUCUUACUUAGAUGUUAAAAUA